GGCGUGGGGUGGGGGCAACGGCUGCCUGCUAGGCUCCACGCGGGGUAGCAACCAUCCAGCUCAGUGUUAGCACUACCGCGUUUUCACGCCAGUUAAUAAACUGAUUGCAACGUGCCCGUUCAACCAUGGCUUCUGAAGAACCAAAAGCAAAGAAACAAAAACUGACAGAGGAGAAGAAGACAGAAUCUCCGACCAAAAAGACUCCUACCAAAAAGUCUCCGACCAAAAAGACUCCUGCCAAACUAAGCCCUAAUUCACUCUUUGGGAUGGGAAACCCCUUACUGGACAUCUCUGCUGUAGUGGACAAAGACUUCCUGGAUAAGUAUACUCUGAAACCCAAUGACCAGAUCCUGGCAGAGGACAAACACAAAGCACUAUUUGAGGAGAUAGUGAAGAAGUUCAAAGUUGAGUACCACGCUGGAGGAGCCACACAGAACUCUAUUAAGAUUGCUCAGUGGAUGAUCCAAGAACCCCAUGAUGUGGGCACGUUCUUUGGCUGCAUUGGCAAAGACAAGUUUGGAGAGAUCCUGAAGCAGAAGGCUGAGGAGGCCCACAUUGAUGCCCACUACUACGAGCAAGAUGAAGAGCCCACAGGGACAUGUGCUGCUUGCAUCACCGGAGAUAACAGGUCUCUGGUAGCUAACCUAGCUGCUGCAAACUGUUAUAAGAAGGACAAGCAUCUAGACCUGGAAGAAAACUGGAAGCUGGUGGAAAAAGCUAAAGUCUACUAUAUCGCUGGUUUCUUCCUGACCGUCUCUUUGGAGUCCAUCCUGAAAGUGGCGAAGCAUGCGUCUGUAAAUAACAAGCUGUUUUGCCUGAACCUCUCCGCGCCCUUCAUCUGCCAGUUCUUCAAGGACAACCUCAUGCAGGUUAUGCCCUACGUUGAUGUGCUGUUCGGCAAUGAGACGGAGGCAGCAGCAUUCGCUAAAGAGCUAGACCUUGAGACCGAAGACAUUAAGGAAAUUGCCAAAAAAACCCAGGCUUUGCCCAAAAUCAACACAAAGAGAAAGAGGAUUGUAGUGUUGACGCAGGGGAAGGAUGAAACUUCUAUGGCUCUAAGUGAUGAGGUCAAGUCAUUCCCUGUACUGAAGAUUGACUCGAAGGACAUAGUUGACACAAUCGGUGCAGGUGAUGCAUUUGUAGGAGGUUUCCUGUCUGAGCUGGUCCAGGAGAAACCACUGGAUCAGUGCGUGAAGGCGGCACACUACGCUGCCAACGUUAUCAUCAGACGAGCGGGUUGCACCUUCCCAGAAAAACCCGACUUCAACUAAAGAUUCCCGGACAUCUUAAACUUCAGCCUCAAACCUCAUACUCGCCCUGCUAUACACAUGUUUUCUACAAAUUCUACCCUCAAUUCUUGUAGCCACAUUUCUUAUCAAUCAGCCACCAUUAACGUUAUUUUUUUUAAUUCAUCUGGAUAUAAUUUCCUUCCACUUGUUAGCAGGGUGCCUGCUGACGUGUGCCUGUCUCUGUUUUCCACUUGGGGCCGCUAGAGGAUUAUGCAGCCGAGAGCCAACGGAGAUUUGUUUUUAUAUAUUAAUGACCAUAAAGGAAUCAUGAUAACAUCACAGGAUGUGAUAAUUUUGCUUUACACAAAGUAUCUUUUCAUGGACAGUUGUUUUUGUUUCUAAAUGUUUUUUGGCUCUGACACUGCCGACAUCUGACGCCCAUCAGACCCAUCAGCUGCGAGCGCUCGCGUUGACGUCUCCCGAGUUGUUUCUUCUCUCGUAGACCGAAAAGCACAAGAAGUGAAUUCCACGAUGGAGGACACAUUAUACACAUUAUACACAGGACUAAUGAAUAGAAUAUCAGUCAAUGGAAGUUUUGUAUUCUGCAUUGAAGUGUGCAGUAUUGAUUUGUUUUAGAUUACUUUAAGCCUCAACUUAUUUCAUUGGUCCUGAUAAUGAGUUUGAAGUUGUUGUAGAUUGAAUUAUUAACAGGCUAGUUGUGAAACCAAAUGUUUUUCUUUUAGUGCACACUUUUUAAACGUGUCAAAGCCUCUGCCCACUGUCCUGUGAUGACUGUUAAAUGUCAGCUUUAUUGUGUCCACAGUAUUCAGAAGUUACCAUCAACAUUACCAUUGUGGAACUUUGUUUUUUGGGCAGGUGCUUCUAGUAACGAGUGCCUUUGUUCCUCCCUUUCUCUGUAAAUGUUACAAAGUUUGCAGAGGCCUACGGGUGUUAUGUGAACCUGCAUUUAUCUGCACAGGGACAUUAGACCAGUGAUGGGCAACUGUUGGCUUGUGGAAGUGGACACAAUAUAUUUUAAAAUGCAUGUAAGGUAGAAAGAUAUAUUUCAAUGUUCUCUGUCGGAGCUUUUCUCUAUAGUUUAAUGUUCGUGUCAGGUGUUCUUUCUGGCUGUAUCUUUUGCAAUAUCAUAGCAUAUGUUCCCUAACUUCAGGACCGUCUGCUUUAAUAAAUAAGAUGCAAAUGGUAUGGAAUAUACAUUUAAUCAGAUUUUUAUAUUUUUGUCAGGUGGGAAAUGGAUGAAGGAAAAGAAAUGGGGAAACAAGAACUUAAGCUCAAUUCAGGCUGAAGCCACAUGUGUUAACCUGAGCUUGGUAUAUUGUGGUCUGUGCAACAGUGAAUACUUGAAUACAAAUAUCCUGAAUAUAGAUAUACUAAAUGUCUACAAUGACGAGCAAGAAGUAUGUUUUCUGAAUACUACAGGACUUGUUUGAAACUUCAUAUAUCCGUUAGUAUUGUUCCUGAGCCUCUGUUAAAAGGCGGAUUAUUUUUAUAUGUUUAAAUGCCGGUUCAUCAAAAAGCCUUAUGUGACCAUUUAUUCCUGUUCUGCUAGACUGUGAUGCCUACAACUCACAAUUAAAACAUACAACAAUGAU